AUGAACUAUCCAUCUGACAAGGAACUUCUGGAUGCUGCCAAGAAGCUGAGGCCCAGUUACCAACACCUUGGGCGCCUCAAACUACUUUCUCUUUUAAAAGAAAUCCAUUCUUGGACGUUGAGCGAGCAACGCUCAAAGAAGUGCCUGGACAAAAACAGCUUCAAUGCAAAACCCGAGUCGGAAGACCUUCCACGGGACGAGAAGUUCAACGGCAUUGUCAGAUAUGCAUUCAUCGACUUCAAAAAACGGAAGAGAGACGUUCUGCUCGCUUUGUCAAGAACCCAGGCCAAAGUCACCAAUGGCUACACGUCCGAUUCGAUGUACGUGGCUCGUGAUAUGCGUCACCACGUGGAAGUUUUGCUGGCCUUGAAAGAGUUAAAACCCUGCACCCUCUUCACACCCCACAUCCCAAGACAUCUACACCGACAUGAUCGAAGCGUGCCUGAAGCCGGUAAUCAAAAAGUACAAGCUCGUGCAAUAUGGCUCCAAUCUUCAGCAGAUUACUCAUCCGAUGCCGACGAUUGCAAGCUGUUCUUGACGCCGAAUAAAGGGAGAGCGGAUGAGAAUCGUAUUCGGAAGGCUUUGGGAUACCCGCUAGAUCGGGUUGUUGGGAUUACUGUUGGGUCCACCUCGAGCCUAUCGUCUUUCCGUGCACUUGAUGAAACCGAGAUGCAUGAUAUGAAAUGA